AUGGAGUCUCCACGUAAAGCUCGGAAUCGUGCCGCCUGUCGACGCUGCCAGAGACGCAAGAUUAAAUGUAACGGUGACCUUCCACAAUGCUCAGCAUGCAAAAAAGCGAAUGUGGCAUGUGUCAAUGAUGGGAAACAAGAAGUGAAUCGAACUUACAUUGCAAACUUGCAGAAGCGGGUCCAAUGGCUCGAAUCACUGGUCAAGGAACGGACCAAUGUGCGCCUCGAAGAUGGACCUUCUAUCGACCUGACUGGAUCUCAACAGACAGAAGCCGACCACGACGGGUAUAAUGACACCUUUCAUACAUCCCAAUUAUCUCGCCUUGAACGGCCUCUGAGAGAUGCACAACCGCCUCGAACACAGCCAAAGCAAGCCCAUGAAAUUGGCCUCGUCUCUCUUUUUUCGGGCGGGGAGGCAAGAUACAUCGGCCCUUCUAGUGGAUAUUUCCUGGCAAAUACCGUAUUCUCUAGUGCUGGGCGUCGAUCCAGAUCACAGACAGGCCAAGGGCACGAGAAUGAGCCCAUCUCAUUGUCAAGUGAGCUCUUCAACAGCCCUGCUACUUUACCCAAUCGGAAAGAAGAUGCUAUUGAACUAUCAUUGAAAUACUUUUCCUUCACUCAUGUCAUGUAUCCAUUUCUUCAUGAGCCAUCUCAUCUUGAUCGUGUCGAGAAGAUGUAUGCAAGUGCUGCAGACGAGUGCCCAGAUCCAAUAGCAGCCUUUCAUGUAUACAUGGUGCUGGCUAUUGCUGCGUCAGAUAUUUCAAGGCGCUUUCGGAUUCGACUUCCGGCGGAAGGAUUUUAUACGGCUGCCACUAAAUUCUUUGAGGCUGCCUGUGUUGAGGGAUCGCUUGAGGGAUUACAAAGUCUACUCCUCCUCAUGAUAUAUGCCCUGCAUAACCCAUCUUGCGGUGUAAAUAUAUGGAGCCUCAAUUAUCAGUGCCUUGGAGCACUCAUCGAUUUGGGCCUUCAGCGUGAUGUUAGAUCGUCGUCAGCAUUUCCAAUUUCAUUUUUAGAACAGGAGAUGAGAACAAGAAUCUUCUGGGUGGUAUAUAGUUUUGAUCGAACAUUGGGCACAAUGAUGGGCCGGCCAAUUGGAGUUCGCGAUGAGGCAUGUGAACUUCGGCUCCCAUCGGAUAUUUCAGAUCACGAUCUUGCUGAAUUUCGGAAUAUUCAAGAGUCUACCGAGAGGACUGUGUCUCAUAUAACGUUCUCUAUCCAUCUUUUCAAACUAUCUCGGAUCAACUCCGAGAUCAAAUAUGUUAUGCAUAGCAUUUGCAGAGAUGUUCCUGCAUAUGCCUAUCCACCAGUAACAGAUAUCAAUGAUUGGCAGAGAGAAAUGAUUCAUCGACUUGAGAAAUGGCGAUCAGAUAUACCGGAAGCAAGCGGCAUGAAAUCUAUCACUCAAAUUUGCGUAACAAGAUAUCAUGAAUUGAUGAUUCUUCUAUUGAAGCCUAGCCCUGGAAUACCCGAUCCCUCAGAAGAGUUGCUCACUCGCUGCUUUCAACAUGCAGUUGAACUUCUUCGAGGCUUUGACGAGUUAUACAAGCAGGAAUCACUUCUUUACAAUCGACUUGUUGUCCAUUCAAUCUUUCUAGGUACUUUGGUCAUGAUACACUGCUUGUGGAGGAUACCGCAGAUCGCGUCAGAGGUCCGAAUUGACGACGUGGUAGCAGAUACAUCUGUCAGCCUGAAAAUUCUCAGUAGCAUUGGGGAAUACUGGACAGAAGCUAAACGUGCAAGAGAUUGUAUUCAUGAGCUAUCGAAUGCCACAGUGCAGCAUUUGAUAAAGAACAGAGGACUGGACAAGCGUGAUCAGAGGAGGGGGGCCAGUGGCAAUUCAGUUCCCACGAUUGCAAGGGAUAUGACACUCCAUUCGACAGAUGUGUCAGAGAGUGCAAUUGAGCACUUGCAUUAUAAUUCUGAUGCUACCCUCGCUUUGAACCCGGUCGCCGAUUGUGAUAUUGGCUUAGACUCGUCAGGAUGGUUGAAUAACUCGAUGCCUGGGGGAUUCAUGGACUUCGACGGGAUUCCAGAUUUUGACUCUUUUAUGUGGGAGGUCUUCAAUAGCACAUGCUAA